AUGCCUACCAAAGCUAAGAAGUCUGUCUCCUUUCAAGCCUCUACUACAGAUGAGCUUAAGGAAGAGACAAAUGCAGAAAGUCAAGUUGAAAUCCCCUUCAAUCUGUCAGCAUUGUUAGUCCCUUUCCACUUGCCAGUAAUAUUGGGGUUCAUAUUCAAUGGACUCUUGGAAAAUCCAAGGACUCUUUUAAUCCAAGGAAUUCCGACAUUGGUGGCCGCUCAAUUUGGAUACGGAAUAUUGAUAACGAAGAGGUUCAAGAGUAGUAAUACAAACUCGAAGAAGAAGAGUAAAUCUAGUAAUAAUAAUAACAAGAAUAACAAUAAUACUCCAAUCCUACUUGUUGGUUCAAUUCUUAUUUCAAUAUUACUAUCAAUACCAUUGUUUAUAGUUAUAAUUUUGUUUGGCGCGCCAUUGUACGGAUUAUUGACGGAAACGUUUCUUUUAUCUGUGCACUUAUCAUUGAUACUAUUCUAUCCUAUUUUGGUUAGUUACAAGUUAGAUUUUGCACAAUUCUUGCAGUCUUUUACCCCAGGUAGCGGGGAUCAAAUUUACCAGCAAUUGUACAAGAAUCAGUUGAUUUUCGCAUCGAUAGGAGGGGUUGUGGGAGCAUGGUUUGGAGUGUUACCAAUACCAUUGGAUUGGGAUAGAGACUGGCAACAAUGGCCAAUUACAAUACUAGUCGGGGGUUAUAUAGGCUCUUUGUUAGGAAGUAUUCUUAGUUUACCCUUUUCAGAGUAA